UCACACGCCAACAGUCGUUUCGGAAUCUGGAAUUUACCAGUAGCAUUUAAGGCAUCACAAGGUCAUCUCACUUUAUGUGAAUUUCAGGAAGUGAGAUGAAAACUUUUAGCAACGCCAUGUGAUGUGCCGGCGAGUUACAGCUGGAUUGAGAGGGAAAUAGCAUAUUAUGGAUUUGCCAAAACAAAGAAUAGAAGACUCCCCAUGCAAUGUGCAAGUGCACAUUAUCUGAUGUCUUCUGGUGCAUGACGGAUAUCAACCAUUUCUGGUUGUAAACUCUUCCAACUGCAGGCCGCUAGAAACAUGUUUCAUUUGAUAAAGAAGGACAAAGAAAAAGAGAAAGAUGUUGGCAAGAAGGAAAAGAAAGACAAAAAGGACAAGAAAGAGCGUAUGUCACCGGCUGAGUUGAAGAGUCUGGAAGAAAUGAGCAUACGUCGAGGCUUCUUUCACCUGAAUCGGGGGAGCUCCAAGAAGGAACUAAGGAGCAAGUUGGAGAUCUCAAGUCCUAUUCCCAUUAAGGUGGCAAGCAGCCUGGAUCUCAGCCUGACCAAUCUGGAUGCUGAACGCCUUAACAGCUGCAACACCUUAGCACAGGAUAUGGGACCCGGUGAGGAGAUGGAGGGAGUGGACCACAACCAAAUAGGCAGCUCUGUAAGGGAGAGAGCGGCUAAGUUUGAGGAAUUAGCCAAGUAUCCGUGUACCUCCCAGAGAAACAAUGAUGCUUCAAGUGUUUGUGGGCAGAAAUAUAAGUACUAUUACCAAGGCAGCAAACCACAAACCCUACACAGGAUUCACAUACCCGAACUGAUGGAAAAGACCUUCCCAGGAGUAGACCUGCAGUUACCUGCACUCGUUGCUCCACCAAUACCAGAUCCCAGAGAACUGAAACUAAAGCGGCGCAACACUGGGGAUUUUGGCUUCUCUUUGAGGAGGACCACCAUGCUGGACAGGCAGUCUGAUGGAGGCGUGUGUCGGCGAGUGGUGCACUUUGCAGAGCCUGGUGCUGACACCAAGGACCGGGCUCUGGGUCUGGUGCCAGGAGACAGGCUGGUCGAGAUCAAUGGGAUCAAGGUUGAGGACAGGAGCAGGGAUGAGAUUGUGGAGAUGAUCCGUCAAUCUGGAGAGUCCGUGCGGCUAAAGGUGCAGCCCAUUCUGGAGCUGAGUGAGCUGAACCGCAGCUGGCUGAAGACUUCCCAAGGCCGGAACAAGGACAACUUUAAUGUUCCAGAGCUCAUUCCCACUGAGGAAGAUUACAAGCGUGUGAAAAGGAUCUUCACCAUCCCUGGCAAUAACCCCAAACCUCCAGAGGACCCUGUGACCAUUCUACAAGUCGCACACUCAGCAGCAAAGGAGCAGACGGAGGAUCACAUUGCAGCAGAGAGAACCUGGUACAACACUGAAAAAGUAUGGCUUGUCCACAAGAAUGGAUUUUCCAUGGCAACUCUCCUGAAGACAGAAGCAGGCAGUCUGCCGGAGGGGAAGGUGAAAAUCCGGCUGGAGAGUGAUGGAUCUUUAUUGGACGUGGAUGAAGAUGAUGUCGAGAAGGCAAACCCUCCGUUGUUUGAGCGAGUGGAGGACCUGGCCUCUCUUCAGUACUUAAACGAGUCCAGUGUGAUGCACUCACUCAGGCAGCGCUAUGGCGGUAACCUGGUGCACACCCACGCCGGGACCAACAUGGUGGUCAUUAACCCCAUCAGUGCCCCUUCCAUGUACUCUGAGAAGGUCAUGCAAAUGUUUAAAGGCUGCAGAAGAGAGGACACCGCACCCCAUAUUUACAGCAUGGCUCAGUCUGCUUAUCGGAACCUCCUGACCACUCGCCAGGACCAGUCCAUUGUCUUACUGGGCAAGAGUGGCAGUGGCAAGACUACAAACUGCCAACACAUCAUCCAGUACCUUGUCACCAUUGCUGGCAGCACCAACAAAACCUUUUCAAUGGAGAAGUGGCAGGCGGUGUACACGGUUUUAGAGGCGUUUGGGAACGCUUCGACCUCUUUGAAUGAUAAUGCUAGUCGCUUCUCGCAUAUUGUUUCUUUGGAUUUUGACCAGUCAGGCCUGGUGACCUCAGCUUCUAUUCAGACAAUGUUUCUGGAGAAGAUGAGAGUGACAAAAAGACCAGAGGCUGAGUCCACUUUUCAUGUGUUUUACUACCUAAUGGCUGGAGCCGACAGCACUCUCAGAACGGAGCUACACCUCAACCACUUUGCUGAAAACAAUGCAUUCAAGAUCAUGCCUCUGACUAAGGUGGAGGAUAAGCAGCGGGCCUCCCAGCAGUUUUCCAAACUGCAAGCCGCCAUGAAAGUUUUGGGGAUCAGCAAUGAUGAACAGAGAGCUUUUUGGCUGGUCCUGUCGGCCUGCUACCAUUUAGGAGCUGCAGGGGCUACGAAAGCUGGCAGGAAACAAUUUGCACGUCAUGAGUGGGCCCAGAAGGCUGCCUACCUGCUGGGCUGCACCCUGGAGGAGCUCUCCUCCUCCAUCUUCAAGCACGAGGCCAAGGGCACCCUGCCCAGAGCCAGCAGCAUUCGCCAGGUUUCAGACGAAAAUGGCACAGCAGUCACAGGAUCCAAAACUUCGGCCAUGGAGUGUUUGGAAGCCAUGGGGUCUGGGUUGUACUCCGAACUCUUCUCUAUCCUCAUUUGCUUAAUAAACAGGGCCUUGAAGUCAAGCCAGCUUCCCUUGUGCUCUCUGCUCAUUGUGGACACACCGGGCUUUCAAAACCCCAGGCUGGUUAAGCGGGAUUGCGGUGCAACUUUCGAUGACCUAUGCCACAACUACACCCAGGAACGUCUGCAGAGUCUUUUCUACCAGCGCACCUUCGUUCAGGAAUUGGAGAGAUACAAGGAGGAGAACAUUGAGAUUGCCCUUGAUGACUCCGAGGCUAACACAUCUUUGUCUGUGGCAGUGGUGGAUCAAGUGUCAAGCCAAGCACUUGUGCGUAGCGGACGAACAGAUGAGGCUCGGGGGCUCCUGUGGCUGAUGGAGGAGGAGGUCCUGCAGCCUGGGGCAUCAGAGGAAACCCUGCUGGGACGACUUUUUAGCUACUACGGUCCAGCUGAAGGCGAGACCAAAGGUCAUACUUUCCUCCUGAAGAGUGAAAAAGAUAAUCACUUCCUGCUGGGCCACAGUCACGGUACUGACUGGGUGGAAUAUGACGCCAGAGGAUGGCUGAACUACGCAAAGCAACAUCCCGCCUUAACCAAUGCUGCUGGCCUCCUGCAGGACUCCCAGAAGAAGAUCAUCAGCUCUUUGUUCAUGAGUAGAGGAGGUGGGGCCACCGUUUUGCCGGGCUCCAUUGCAGGUCUUGAGGGCGUCUCCCAGCUUUCUUUGCGACGGGCAUCAAGCAUGAGGAAGAGCUUCACUUCAGGCGUGGCUGCUAUCAAAAAGAAGUCUGUGUGCAUUCAAAUAAAGCUUCAAGUGGAUGCAUUGCUGGACAUGGUGCGGCGGUCCAGAAUUCACUUUGUUCACUGCAUAGUGCCCAAAGCAGAUGCCCUCAAAGCUCGAAGUGGAGCUUUCUUCAAAGGUGCAGAAAGUGAGGCUCAUGGGGAGGGUGGAGAUUCAGGUUUAAUGCAGCUCGAUGUGGCCUUGCUCCGUGCUCAGCUGCGUGGAUCCAAGCUGCUUGAUGCUCUGCGGAUCUAUAGACAAGGUUACCCCGACCACAUGGUGUUCUCUGAGUUUCGUCGACGUUUUGAUGUGCUGGCGCCGCACCUCACCAAGAAGCACGGGCGGAAUUACAUUGUGAAGGACGAGCAAAGAGCUGUGGAGGAGCUCCUGGAGUCUUUGGAUUUGGAGAAGAGCAGUUACCACAUGGGUGUGAGCAGGUUAUUCUUCAAAGCUGGCACCUUGGCUAAAUUGGAAGAACAGAGGGAUGAGCAAACCAAGCAAAGUUUAAUCAUAUUCCAAGCUGCUUGUCGGGGUUAUAUGGCACGGCAAACUUUCAAGAAGAGAAAGAUUCAGGAUUUAGCAAUUCGCUGCAUCCAGAAGAACAUCAAGAAAAACUGUAAUGUGAAGGACUGGCCAUGGUGGAAAGUCUUCACCACAGUGCAGCCACUCGUUAGGGUUCAGCUCACUGAGGACCAGAUGAAGAGCAAAGAUGACGAGAUUCAGACUCACAAGUCAAAGCUGGAGAAGGUGGAAAAAGAGCGUAACGAGCUGAGACUGAACACUGAUCGUCUGGAGAGCAGGAUUGCAGACUUGUUGGCAGAACUCGCUGAUGAGAGGAGCACGAGUGAGUCAGCAUCCCAGCUGUUGGAGAGCGAGACCACGGAGAGACUACGCUUGGAGAGAGACAUGAAGGAUCUGCAGGUCAAGUUGGAGACCAUUACAAAGCAAUUGGAAACACAGGAGAUGGAGGUGAUGGAAGCUCGGCUCAUGAAAACAUCUGAGCUCAACGGGGAAUUGGACAAUGAUGAUGAUGCUGGAGGAGAGUGGCGAAUAAAGUACAACAGAGCCAUUCGGGAAGCAGAGUUCACCAAGAAGAAACUCCAGCAGGAGUUUGAUGACAAGCUGGAAACGGAGCAACAGAACAAACGACAUCUUGAGAGAAGGUUGGCUGAAUUUAAGACUGACAAUGAGGACAUGCAGCACUCAGUGCAGCAGCUGAAGAAGAAGUGCCAGAAGCUGACAGCUGAGCUACAGGACACCAAACGUUACCUGGAGGGCCUCCAUAGCCGAAACCAUGAUUUGGAAAAGAAACAGAGGAAGUUUGACACUGAGCAGAACCAGGCCCAGGCGGAGGUACAAAGAGAAAGGAGUCUUAGGGAGAAGCUGUCUCGGGAGAAAGACGCUAUGACAACUGAGAUGUUUAACCUCAACCAGAAGCUUCAGGAAAAGGACUGUGACUUGUCUGUUGCCAACAUGAAGGUGCAACAGCUGGAAGCCGAACUGCAGGAUCUUUCCUCGCAGGAGUCCAAAGAUGAAGCAUCAUUCGCCAAGGUCAAGAAGCAGCUUCGCGACCUUGAAGCCAAGGUGAAAGACCAAGAGGAGGAGCUGGACGAACAGGCGGGAAGCAUCCAGAUGCUGGAGCAGGCAAAGCUGCGUCUUGAAAUGGAGAUGGAAACGCAGCGACAGAACCACUCUAAGGAGAUUGAGAGCAAGGAUGAAGAGGUGGAUGAGAUCAGGCGGUCCUGCAGUAAGAAGCUGAAACAGAUGGAGGUGCAGCUGGAGGAAGAGUACGACGAUAAGCAAAAAGUCUUGCGUGAGAGACGUGAGUUGGAGUCCAAACUGCUGAGCGCACAGGACCAGGUGAGCCAGAAGGACGUGGAGACUGAGAAGAGGUUGAGAAAAGACUUGAAGAGAACCAAAGUCCUGCUUGGUGAUGCUCAGAUUAUGUUGGACCACCUGAAGAGUAACGCCCCGAGCAAGAGGGAGAUUGUUCAAUUCAAAAAUCAACUGGAGGAGUCAGAGUUCACUUGUGCGGCGGCAGUGAAAGCUCGAAAGAGCAUGGAGUUAGAAAUAGAAGACCUACAUAUACAAAUGGAAGAUGUGGCCAAAGCUAAAGCAUCGUUACAGGAACAGGUGAGCCGCCUUCAACGUGAGAAGAACGACAUGCAGUCUCGCGUGGAGGAAGACCAGGAGGACAUGAAUGAGCUGAUGAAGAAACACAAAGCCGCUGUCUCCCAGUCUGCCAGAGACUUGGGCCAAAUCAGUGACCUCCAGGCGCAGUUGGAGGAGGCCACAAAGGAGAAGCAGGAAAUCCAAGAGAAGCUUCAUUCGCUGCAAAGUCAGCUGGAGUUCCAGGAGCAGUCCAUGGUGGACAAGUCUCUCGUGAGCCGUCAGGAGGCCAAGAUCCGUGAGCUCGAGACCAAACUGGAGUAUGAGAAGACGCAGAUUAAACGUUUGGAGACUCUGGUUGGUCGUUUGAAGGACAACCUUGAGAAGAUGACUGAGGAGAGAAACCAAUGUAUUGCUUCAGAGAACAGAGAGAAAGAGCAGAACAAGCGGAUGCAGAGACAAAUAAGGGACAUGAAAGAAGAAAUGACUGAGGUGUCCAAGAAAGAGACUGAGGCUAGCCGAAAGAAACACGAGUUGGACAUGGACAUCGAGAGCUUAGAGGCAGCAAAUCAGAGCUUACAAGGGGACCUUAAACUGGCCUUCAAGAGGAUAGGUGACCUGCAGGCCGCCAUCGAGGACGAAAUGGAAAGUGAUGACAAUGACGACCUAAUCAACAGUUUGCAAGACAUGGUGACAAAGUAUCAGAAAAGAAAGAACAAAACUGGGGAUGAGACGGAUGGGGAUUCUGAGGUAGAGGACCGUGUGGAUGGAGUUAAGUCCUGGCUCUCCAAGAACAAAGCCUCCUCUAAAGCCCAGUCAGACGAAGGAAGUCUGAAGAGCGCCAGCCCUCCUAUAGUCAGGCGACAUCCAACCCUUGGCAGAUCUGACGAAGAGGACGAGGUGGACUUAAACACCAGCAGGCAGCCACUAAAGGCGAGCGACAUUGAGGGCACGCUGGGCGAGAGCCUCGAAAUCGGGUCACCUUGUGCUCUCAAGUGAAACCAAACACGCAGGAAGAAGAAAACUCUUUAAUUUGGGGAUGAUGUCAUUUCUGUUCUUCCUCCUGAAGCAAGGUUGCGUUCACGGCUUAAGUCCGCCUCGUCUCAAUAAAUAUGAUGCAUCUUAUUGAAGUCACACAGCAGUAAAGGUGAGACUUUUUGCAGGAAAAAAAAAAAGCUUCUUCUGUAUUUUUAAAGAGCUGCAUUUCAGGCAAAUGUAAGUUUUCUCUGCACUUCCUGUCUAUUCAGCCCUGCCAAGAGGAUUUAGAUAAGCCUUGCAUGGAUGGACUUCUUUAAGACAUUCUGGCCAACCCCUAAGACUUCACUCAUCUUGUCCUUGUUAAUGUGGACAAGAAACACUUUUAAAAUAAUUAUAUUGCAUUCAAACUGACUGUAGACACCUUCACAAAACACAUUACGGUCACCAAAUAAUUGUUAAACAAUCGAUACAAUUGUAGCUUAACCAAGAAGAUAUUUAUAUAUAUUUUUAAUUUAUUUAAUUUCUUAAUGUAGGAUCAAUUAUUCGCUUCUGCUUUAAGUGACUUUUUAAAUCUGCAGGAUAUUCUCAGCUUUGAAAUAAAGGUUCACAUUUGGACAUAAUACCAUCUUUAUUAAGGAGGAACAUUACAGAUUUAAUGUAAAAUAAGACAUUUUCUAGACAAGCCUGUCGCUGUUACAUAUUUUCAACAUAUUUAGCAAGGGUACACAAAAAAACGAUUCACAUCCGAAUCACGAUUCUUAUUCAUCCCGAUUCUAAAUCCAUUUACAAUUUAGAAAAAUAAAUUAAUGAAAAAAUUUCCUUUUUUUUUUAAUAACACAUUUUAAAAACAAGUUUUUAGGCGAUCUCCAUUCGGGAUGCACAAAAAAAUUGAUUCACAUCCGAAUGCUGAUUCCUAUAUAGCCCGAUUCUAAAUAGAUUGCUAAUAUUCAAAAAACUAUUUAUUUUUUCAUAAAAAAUAUUUUUAGGCCAUCUCAAUGCAACCAGAAAUAGAUUUUCUAAACUGUAACCUGUUUAGAAAAAGUUUCAUUUUAAUUAUUAUACCAAAUUAUGACAUUUCGAAAAUCGGUUUAAAUCGAAACUCGUGUUGAAUCAACACCAGGAAUCGGAAUCGAAUCGUUAUGUGCCCAAAGAUUCACACCCCUGAUAUUUAGUGCCAAAAGUGUGCGUAUUAUUCUGGUUUAUUUGAGCAAAAUUUAGUAGUGUUCUCAGCUUGUGUGUUUUAGUAUGUCAAAGACCGUUGUCAACUUGUGACGAUCACACAAUGUGUGUCACUUUAAGAAACAACCUUGUGACAGAUACAGCUGCUGUGUCAUCUGCGUGUUUAUCAGGAAAGGCUUCUUUCGGCUCAAAAGCGACAGCUCGUGAUAAAUUCGGUUGAAGGAGUGUUUUUUGUCGGCGUCAUCGAUUUAAGUGCAACUAAGAAAAAUGAAAAAGUGAGAGAUCAUUUUUGUCUUACAGCGUCCAAUAAGGUAAAUGUUCUUUUACUGGUUACUUUUUGGCUCAUUGGCCUGAGUUACAUGUUUUAUAUUAUUUUCUGCACAGUUAUUUGUUUAAAAAAAACACUUAUAUAUGCUAAUAAUUCCUUGUAUUUGCAAGUAAAAUGUAACUUUUUAAAUCCAGAUGACUAACACAGUAUUAGUGUAGUGUGAUUUACCACCACUACUGACAACUAUUGUUGUUGUUUUACUUCCAAGCAUAGAUAUUAUUUUUAUUGUUGUUAGAUAAGGUAGUUUCCUUCCGUUUGUUGACUUGAUGUUUUUUUUUUACCUCAUAGCUAGGGUUGCCAAUUCCACAAAAAAUAAAUAAGGGACAAACAAUUUUUACACAAUUUAAUUCUACUCUGAAUUUCAUAACAUUUAUUUAUUUUUAAUUAAUACAAUUACAUAGAGAAACUAAGAUGAUGGUUCAAUAAGAUUUUUUUUAGCGCAAAAUAACAAAAUUAACAAUAAAAUAAAUACCUCA